AUGGCGGAUGUCGCGGAGGCGGAAGGAGUGCAUCACUCAAGAAUUCGUGAUGAAGAAAGAAACUUUUGAAAUGGACAUCUGCCAGAGUUAUUGUUCUUGGAUGUGGUUCAGCGAUGUCGUUGUGUAGAUUCAAGCUCCAACUGAAAAUGUACUUUACAAGUUUGAACAGCAUGUGACCUCCGACCUCUUUCUUUCCCCCUAACUCCCACCCUUUUCAGUCAACCUUUUUGUUGUGUUUCUACAAUCACCUUUAUUUUCAUCUGUUGUCAUUAGAUACCAAGUUACCUUACCAAAACACGAACAAUCAACACACGCAUCAAAAUCUUUCUGCAUCUGGAUUUGAAAUCUGUUUUUUUACGAUUCUGUUUCGAAUUAUCAAAAGUUAAAAAAUCAGUUAUUGACUAUAAAAAAAGUUUAUACAGGAAUAUAUUAAAGAAAUUCUUUUACAUCUGAAUAAUUACAUCAUCUGCUGCUCAUCUUCAUCUUUUAAAAAAAUAUAUAUUUCGGAGAAUGGUGUAAAUUUUCGUUCCGUUCGACUUUUCGUUCUGUAUUUUUUCGUCGUCUUUAUAAAUGGAUGCGGCAGCAGGUAAUGUGAUGGACUCUCGGCACGAUAUACUCCUGUCCAGUCGAGUGCGCAGUGGAAGUUUUAAAUUCGAGGACCAGGAGAACCACCCUCCAGAUGGCAGUACUGAACACGAUGUUUCCGAGGCAGGUAUUAAAACGCGAAAACUCGGCGGAAACGUGCACAAAAUGAGAGACAUGUUUCAAGCAGGGAUUACAUCGGGACUUUCGGACGGGAAGAUGUCAGGGGGUUCGAAAUCCCACAACCCUCCCACCUCCCUGGCUCCCCCGCUCAUCACGUCAUCGCGUACGAAAGAACUCAAAUCUCCGGGCGUUUCAGUCGGGCGGAACCGUAAUGCGAACGCGGUGUCGCAACAUUCGGAAUCGGAUAAAUCUCCCGAAGUGAAGCGGAAAAAAGUUUCAGAUGGCAUUCCAAAAGUGUCGAAGAAAAAAGAGAACUUUUCAAAUCAGAUCGAAUCGAACGUGAAUCUGCUCGAAGCGACGAAUCACGUACAGAGGUUCAAUUAUACAAGAAUGAUGUUCGCUAGAAUGGAGGAGGAGACGAGAAUAAGGGAGGAACAGGAGCGGAAGAUUCGAGCUAGGAAACACUCACCGAUUCGCUUCAAUAUUUCUCCUGUUCUCUCGCCUGUGAGUAGCUCUCCCGUUUCGCCGACAGCCAUGAAAACUUUCGACCAGGCUGUACGGCAGAGGACUCACUCGACGGAUAAGGAUUAUCGGACUACACCGAGGGAACGAUUCUCGCGAUCUAGUUCCCUAGAUCAGACGUCGUCCGAUCAAAGCACGAUCAGCCCGCGUUCAGACAGUCAAGAUUCUUUAGAAAACGUACUGGCGGAGCCGAACAGUAAACAUAUAUCUGACUCUACUUCUGCGACCAGUAUUGGACAACCCCCGCCUUAUAAUAUCACGGCUAGUGGGUUGGCAUGGCAGCGGAAGAUGGAGCAGGAGAAAAGGGCAGAUAGUUCAGAACACAUUCCAGUCGACAGAUCGGAGGUCGUCUCCGAUGGAGGUAGUAUUUCACAGUUCGACGAAACGGAGAGCAGGUUUUCUUCCCGUCAGUCGAGACCAAGGACGCGGCCUGUCAUUUCGGAAAAACCGGAUCUGUCCAUCAAAUCGGGGUAUUGCUCAUACAAUCAAAAAUCGUCUCAAGUUAACCAAGGUCUUUCCGACGUACAUUCCAGUAAAAAAAACGACACGAACAAUUCGAGCGAUGGAGAUUUUUCUCCUUCCUCUGUCCGCAUGAGACACAAAGGUGCUGAUUGGACAAAGUCAGGCGGUGAUGCUGGGUCGUCACCCGCCGACGGUGAACACACUAGCGUGAAUUCUGCUGACUCCGAAUCGUCUGGUUGUAAAGACAACAUCGACGCCAAUGAUUAUGACGAUGGUGGUUCUGAUGUAGAUCUCUCGUCUGUCUCAAUGAGACCAAAAACAACCAGGGGUGACAGAAAUGAGGCCGCUGUUCGUAUGAGACCUAAAAAAGUCCAUCUUAUCGAAGGUGGUAAGAGGUUGAGUCGCGAGGAAAUCGAUUCGGCUCUGGAGCGAGCCAACGCGUACUUACACCAUCUUAGCGCUGUUGAUGAGGAUGAUUUUCGUGCCAAACGUCGCUCGUGGGAGGUGCGUCAAAAACGCGACGAACGGAAGCGACAAUCGUUGGAUUUAAAAGAUUCCGUUAAAGAUGGAGGAGGUGGUGACCAUGGUGGUGCUGCUACGGAUCAGAGAGAUUCUAUUCCCGAUUUGACGAGAGAUCUGUUGGAUCGUGACGGAGAACCUUUUGUAGCCGUAGACAGCCACGCGAAUUCCGACAGCAAUGCAGAACAGGACGCAACAGUUACGAGCAACGCGUUCAUGAGAGUUUCUACCUCCUCCAACUCCACCUCUACCAGUGACUACCCCGACAUGGAAGACGUUACUGAGAUCGACACAGCAUUUCCCGCCUCGUCCACCUCCCGUCCCACCCCCGUCCCCCGCAGAACUGCUCCCCCACCCCCCAGCAAGCCACCAAGUGCUUCCCGCCCCAGUGCCCCACCACCUCCAGCUCCUGCCCCGACACCAGGUUUGUCGGAGGAGUCGAGAGCACAGAAGGAUGAUCUCGAUGGUGCGUUCGUGUCCCUGCUUGGAAGUCUAGGGUCAGCGACGUCCGAUGUCACGGGGGGGUCAACGUCUUCAGAGUUCGAGUACAUUCCCCCGGAUGAUCUGCUGUUUGAUGAAACAAGUCCGGAGAGUGUGCUGAACAGCAAGAAGUCCGAUGAGAUCUUCCUGAAAAGAACAGAAGGUGACGGCCAUGAAGACCCAGAUACCUUUCAGUGUGAUUUCGGAACGAAGGAUGACUUCCAGGAGAUGCCCGGUUUGUCCGACACGGACGAAGGAAGCAGUGAUGAUGAGGGUUAUGAGGGGCUGGACCUCAGAAAGAAGACUCGGGUCAGAUUCAGCAAACAGCCGAUAAAGGUGUUUGCGACGUAUUCCACCGAUGAUUACGACCGACGUAAUGAAGACAUCGACCCAGUUGCGGCGUCAGCGGAAUAUGAGCUGGAGAAACGUGUGGAGAAGAUGGAUGUCUUCGAAACAGACAUUGAGAAAGGAUCCUCUGGUCUUGGACUCAGCAUAAUCGGAAUGGGCGUGGGCGCAGAUGCAGGGCUCGAAAAACUGGGAAUCUUCAUCAAAACGCUCACUGAGGGUGGUUCUGCACAGAGAGACGGAAGAAUGCAGGUGAAUGACCAGAUAAUCGAGGUUGAUGGGAAAAGUCUUGUUGGCGUCACGCAGGCAUAUGCAGCUUCUGUCCUACGCAAUACAAGUGGACAUGUCAGGUUUUUGAUUGGCCGCGAGAAGGACCCGUCGAAGAGCGAGGUCGCGCGUUUGAUUCAACAGUCGCUAGAACAGGACCGGCGCCGCGAUGAGCUCCGCAGACAGGAGCAGGAGAGACUGCGACUCGUACAGGAGCAGAAGUUACCGAAAGAUGAAAUGCUGGAAAUGGAACAUGCGGAACAUGUGGAGUCGUUUGUACGACAGUUCAGCUCAGAACCAGCAAGCAUGGACAAGGGAGUUGAAGAGCCGGUCCAAAACGAAGCCACAUCGCUCGACAUGGUGGAAGAGGCUCCUGAGGCAGGGGAGACAACUCCGCUGUCUGGCCCAUCUCUCGAGGACAGCUCUCCGAGUUCAGCGGAAGAUGAAGGUCACGUGAAGCCCGACAUUGAAGUUCUGGAUCUGGUGGAAAGUAGCUGUGACUCAAUAUCGCCCGACACCGAGUCACAGACACUCUACAUUAAACUGAAAGAGACUCACUAUAAGAAUGCAGUGGCUGAAGCAGAACUGGCAAAAUUGAAGGCAAAGAUCAUCCUGCUUGAGAACUCGGAGUCCCAGAAGAAACAUCUGGAGAAGAAGUGUGAUGACUUGACGCAUCGACUCAAAGACACGGAGAAAACACUUGAGUUAACACGGAAAGAAUUAUCUCAGUAUCAGGACUUGAUGGAGGGAUCUCAGGGCCAGUACAUCAUGUUGGAGAAGAAGAUCAAAGCCGAUUUCACAGCUUUGGAGAAGAAAUAUCACAAAGCCAAAAAACUCAUCAAAGACUAUCAGGGCAGGGAGAAAGAUUUUAUUCAGGAGCGUGAAUCAUUGUUACAGCAGCAGUCUGAGAAAGACCAGCAGUAUAACGCACUGGUGAAGUCUCUGAAAGACCGGAUCUUUCAGUUGGAGAGAGACUUGAUAGAGACACAGAAAGCAGCUGGCCUGCCCGUCUCUGUACCGAACGACACCACUCACAAAGAGGAAGUCGUAAUAACGCAGUCUUCUGUUCCACUCAUACAGUCAGUGCAAAAUGGUCAUGAUGAGUCUUUUUCUCCCAUGAACCAGUCGACAGAUCGUAUUUCAGAAACAUCGUCAGGGUCGGAACAUUCAGAAGUCAUAUCUGCUCCAGAUAUUAUUCACGACAUUGAUGAGAGCAAGGUGUCUCGGGUGAGCAAUGACCAGGAAGAAGAGUUCGGAUCGGUUCCCACGACGACGCUUCUAGACACAUCCGUCAACAAGAUGAGAGCUCAGCUAGCGAGCAACAUCGGGUCACGCCGACCUCCAUCAAAACGCAGCAAGUCGUCUGAAUGUGAAGCUGACACAGGUGACACAGACAGUUUGAAACAGGAAGGGGAAAGUGGCCUUGAAACAUGGAUCAAACAUGACAGACUGCCAGCUUUCAUGUUAGUUGACAGCACCGUGCGGAAGAGCGACGCAAAGAAACGCCGAGGUCAGCAGGUGGCCGACGCGCAGCACUCCCCCCGUCUUCCCGCGAUGUCCCAGACAUCGGCUUCAUCGGGCCCAUCGUCCGUCGCCGAGAGCGACACUGUGUCAGAACAAUCAUCACGAUCAGUCCAUGACAGCCACUCCGAUACGUCUUCCUCUGUGUCGCAGACAUCGUACGACCCACUCCGACCUCAGUUCAAACACAUGGAUGGGGAAAUUCCCGACUCGACAGCAUCAUCCGACAGCUCAGGGGCCAUAACUCUAGUCUCGGCCAAACCCUCGACAGCAGCUAAAGGGUUCGGGCUUCCUAAAUUUUCGCUGAAGCCCAAAUCGUCCGAGGAUUCCGGCGGUGGGAUUGUUCUUUUGUCUAGUCGAGCUCUCGGCAGCAAGCAACCCACCGAAAAAGGGGGCAUAAUUCUGUUAUCGAAAAAGCCCAUUGACCACGGAUAUUCUGAUUUCGAGGAUUUUGAUGAUUCUGAUGAAAGCACGACGAGUGACGUUCCCUCAUCGUUGAUGGUCUCUGAGCUUGAUGAGAAGAAAUCCAGUGCCUUCUCGCUGAACAUUUCUGGAACACCGGCAGCAGAGGAGAACGUGGUCCCCAACAAGCGCAGUCAGAACCAGUUCCAAUCGUGCCCGAUCCCGGAGUGGAACGUGGAACACGUCUGCCACUGGCUGAUGGCGCUUGAGCUGGAGAAGUACACACCCCUCUUCAAGGACAAGAGCAUCACCGGCUCGCAGCUUCUUACCAUGGACGGGUCAAAGUUCAAGACGUUAGGUAUUGUAAAUAGUAAAGACAGAGAGUUGCUGAAGAAGAAGGUGAAGGAAUUGAGAUUGGCAAUAGAGAAGGAGAAGAAACAGCAAGAGAAAGAAAGAAAGGCACGAGAGAAAGAACAGAAGAAACUACAGAAGAAGAAAUAAAGUGUAAUAUAUAUAUAUAUUAUAUAUUAACCUCAUUAUGUACAUACAUCUUACUCACUAUAAAUAGCUCAAGAAGCAUUCAUUUUGAUUGGUCAUGUUCAUUUGUACUGAUAAUGUUGAUUGGUCAAUAUUUAAUUGUACCCAAGCUGAUUGGUCCAGUUCAUUUUGACUCAUAUUAGUGAUUGGUUAUGUUCAUUUGUAUUGAUAAUGUUGAUUGGUCAUAUUCAUUUGUAUCUACAAUCUGAUUGGUCAACUUCGUUUGUACUAAUGCUGUUGAUUGGUCAUAUUCAUUUGUGUCCAUACUGUUGGCAGGUCAGUGUUCAUUUGUAACGAUAAUGUUGAUUGGUCAGUGUCCAUUUGUAAGGAUGAUGCUGAUUGGUCAAUGUUCUUUGUUCUGAUAAUCUGAUUGGAUGAUCUCGGGGAGCCAGAGCCAAUCAGAAGACUGAUUAUUGCGGCAAUGCCUUUCUCAAUUUGUUAUAUUUGCACUGACUUUUUUUCUUUUUUUUGUAACUCGUGUUUACAUGGAUGUGUAUUACAUGUUUAUGGACUGUUCAGUGUCAAACGUUGUCGUCGAUGUGGAUUCUGUAUCUACCAAUGUUAUCUCUUUUAGCCAGGUUUCCAUAAAAUCUGUAACAUGACGCAGAGACUGACCCAGAUCAUCACACACCUAAAGGAAAUGUUCGUAAGAACACAAUCACAGAUGGUCUGCAUCUGAAUUACCAAAUGUUUGACAUCCAAUAGCCGUUAAUAAAUCAUUGUGCUCUAGUGGUGUCAUUAAACAAGACAAACAUUUAACUAUCUAUGUCAGAUUUGUUGUGGAUCGAGAAAAUUUAAACCUGUUUAACGUUGCAGAUUUGUUACAGAACUUCUUCUGCGUCUAUCUGCGUCAGUUACAGAGUUUAGGGAAGCCUGGCUUUAAAUACCAGUGCUCUGUUCUAUGACAGUUUGUUUUGUCACAAACCUCAUGCAAGAUGGAGUUUUUUUCAUCAUACGACAUCCAGCUGGAAGGAUUUAGAAUUAUUUUUUGGUUGUUGGUUUUGGUACCAUAAUCCAAGGUUCCACGUUGCAUUGCAUUUGAACCAAACACUGUUUAAAGAGUUACGGUUAUUUCUAUUUCAAUACUUACGACAAUAAACACUGGGACGUUAGUUAGCCCAUCCUUAUAGUAUAUUUAUUGUCGUAAGUAUUUUAUAGAAAUAGAAAAUAAGGGAGAAAUUUUCUUCUUUGUUUUGUGACUUCUAAUUUUUCAUGGAGUUGUUAAUUUGGGAGUUUUAGAAUAUUAUCUAGUUUGAUUUGUAAUAAACUUUAGCCUUUUAACUGUGUUCCCAUGUUUUGACUCUCCACUGCCAAAAGCAAAAGAACUGGGUGUGGGCAUCUACUCUGUUUAACAAAAGACAAAGACACAGAUACAGAUCUUUUGACGAUUUUUGUCAUUUUAUGGCCUAUGGUUGGUUGGUCAAAACAAACUGCUCUAAUUUUUAAUGACGAAUGGAAGUAAUAGAAACAGUUAUGUAACCAAUACAUACUUUAAUCUAAAUUUGUAAAUUGUGUAUUUUUCUUAAUAUUUAUAACAUAAUGCCAGAUGACUUAAAAUCAGCUGAAAUAAUGUCAGAUAUUUAUUUAACAAUGCCAGGUGACAAAAAACCCAAUGAAUUUGGCACCAAAACCAGUAACCAAUUUGUUUUAAUACUAGAGAUUUGAAAUGUAGAGGGGUUCACAAUGUAUUCACGAAACCCAUCCCACCAACCUUGUAACAUAUUAAUAAAAUAUAUUUAGUUUAUUCUGCCAUGAAAUGAACUCUUUAUUCCACUGAAUAGUGGACUGAAAUACUGGUGAUACUGUUUGUUUUUGGUUUUCUCAAUAAAUGUUUAUGUCGACUUGUUGCGAUAAUAAGAGUAGUCCAUCAAGUCACAGUUUCGUCUCGCCUUUUUGAAGUAAAAAGGUGUAAUAUAUAUGUGUUUGUAGGUAUUCCUUUUUUAAUGGCGAUAGCGUCAAUAUUUGUGUUAAACUUUUUGUGUCUGAGCUCGAAUGACGUGGCGCACAGCGUGUCAUCACGUCCACAACGUAAUUAAAUUAACGGUGCGCUGCUUGCUAACGCUACUUAAGGGUUAAAAGUGUGAAUUAAAGUUUCGCUUUUUAAUCUGUUUAGCACAGACUUUGAGGUGCUAGAUCAACAAAACGUGGUUUAGAUAGCUUCAAAAAAACAAUAUGGGCCCUGGUUGAUGGUCAUCUAUGUAUGUUGCUGAUUAUUGAAUAGAUUGUUCAGUGACUGCAAAACAUUUCGUGUGAAUAUAUUGUGGACCCCACCGGUGCUUGUACAAUAUCGUAGUGUUAAUAUUGUGCUCCAGUGAAAUGAAUACAGAUGACAAGUGUCGUGUGUGUAAACUAUUUUUUUAAUGGUUGUGUUCAAUUGCAUAUGGCAAACAAAAACAAAAAAAAGAAAAUGUUUUUAUGUUGUCAAUUUAUUAUGAUCCCCAGAAGCCAUGGUUCGUAACCUUCUCAUCUCUACCAGCAACUUUAAACUGGUAUCAGAGCAGUCCUUGUUAGAAAUCUAGGGACAACACGAUUGUUUAACUUGUAGUGUUAACCCUCUUUCUUCUAUACUGAUGGAAAGAAGUAAGGGAACACAUGAUUUGGUGGGUUUCGUUUUCUUUCUUCAUCCCACUGCCCAGUGUGGGCAGGACGUAGCUCAGUGGUACAGCAUAACUACUGUCGUCAGAGACUACAAACAUAACUACUGUCGUCAGAAACUACAAACAUAACUACUCUCAUAAAAAACUACAAACAUAACUACUGUCAUCAGAAACUACAAACUUAACUACUGUCGUCAGAAGCUACAAACAACUACUGUCGUCAGAAGCUACAAACAUAACUACUGUCAUCAGAAACUACAAACAUAACUACUGUCGUCAGAAACUACAAACAUAACUACUGUCAUCAGAAACUACAAACUUAACUACUGUCGUCAGAAGCUACAAACAUAACUACUGUCAUCAGAAACUACAAACAUAACUACUGUCGUCAGAAACUACAAACAUAACUACUGUCGUCAGAAACUACAAACAUAACUACUCUGGUCAGAAUCUAGAGUUAGUUUCAAAAACCAUGUUUUCCCUUUUUUCUUUCCUUCUGUAUAUUGUUAAAACUAAUCUGUAUUAUAUUUGUUGAGGGUUUUUAUUAUUAUUUUUUUUUUUAUUACUUUUUUUUCUCGUGCUGAGUAGCUAUGGAAACUUUUUUUAACCUGAAAUUAUUCAACUACCUUUUAUUGUUUACUGAUUUUAGUUAUCAUCCAUGCGAUCAAAAUCAUGUCACAAUAAAACCAUAAAACUAUUUAAUAUAUACCGGUAUUACUAUCAAAUCAUGAUAUGAUAAAACCAUUUAACGGACAUAAAUAUUUCCAUUACAUAUUAGCAUAAAAUCAUGAUACAAAACUAUUUAGUUGUUUAUUAAUUUAAAUAUAUCAGUGUAGAAACAUGUCGUUACACAACUGUUUAACUGGAUUAGAUAAUAGAAUUGUGUUUUACUGUCACUUCUCAAUUUCAUACAAGUAUUUAACAACAGUUUGAUCAGUCGAAAACUUAAGAUAUCUUGUAAAAUAUAUAUUUUUUAAAAUGAUGUAUUAUAAUAAUUUUGACUUACUUCACACAACUUGUAAUGUGCAUCUAUCAAUGUGGCAGGUUUGGUAAUUGAAUUUCAGUUUGAUCAUGUGUUACUACAAAUCAUUUUGUGUGAAUGUCCCUUAAAGCUAUAUGUUGAAAAUAGUUUUAAUUAACAUGGAGAGACACAGAGUAAAUCUCCUAUAUGUAUAUCCUUGGGAUAGGGCAAGUGACAGCAAGGACCAACAGUGUUUCUGCCAGAAAUAAAUUUUUCGAUAUGGCGCUAUGGAAUUGAAUGCAACCAGUCAACCGGGGCUGGGGGGGGGGGGGGGGGGGAUCUUGGCUUGCCC